UAAAGAUAUCUACGACCCUUAUAUACGUACUCAACAACCAGAUCAAAGAAACAAACAAACAAAAAAAAAAACUCACCAAUAUUGGCCAUGGAGAUCAAGAUAUUGUUAGUCUUUUUCGUAUCACUCUCUUCAAUGUUAUCCACUACACUUUCUAGGAGUACGAGAAGCAAUAUAACAUGGUGGUGCAACCAAACUCCUCACCCUGAACCAUGCGUAUAUUUGAUGAGCCACGGCAGCCGUCGUUUUGCUCCCAAACACAUGUCUCAAUUUCGGAAGAUAAUGGUUCAACUGGCCUUUGAUCGAGCCGUUAUGACCGGAAAGAAAGUCAACGAGUUUGGACAGAGCUGUGAGAAUUGGAAGCAGAAGGCAGCAUGGAGAGAUUGUCUCAAGCUCUUCGAUAAUACCAUUCUUCAACUCAACACUACUUUACGAGGCCUAGAGAGCAGGAGGAGGAUGGGCUGCAAUGAUUUCGAUGCACAAACAUGGCUUAGCACAGCACUGACCAAUAUCCAAACAUGCGAAGCUGGGUUCAUGGAUUUCAAUGUUUCUGAUUUUUUCACUCCCUCUUCAUCCAAUAACAUAUCCCAGAUGAUUAGCAAUAGUUUAGCUGUUAAUGGGAUUUUCUUGCGUAAGAGAAACCUUACACAAGUUUUUCCUGGUUGGCUCUCCAGGCACCAUAAGCGCCUAUUGCUAUCUUCAACCAAGGCGCAUAUUGUGGUGGCCAAAGAUGGGUCGGGAAAUUUUAGGACCGUUCAAGCUGCUCUAGAUGCUGCCGCAAAGAGGAAAAGGUAUACCAGGUUUAUCAUACAUGUGAAAAGAGGUGUUUAUCGGGAGAAUAUUGAGGUUUCCAGCGCUAACCGUAACGUUAUGCUGGUUGGUGACGGCAUGAAACGUACAAUCAUCACCAGUAGCCGGAGUGCUAAAACAGGUUACACUAUCUACAGCUCUGCAACUGCUGGGAUCGAUGGCCCUGGAUUCAUUGCUCGGGACAUAACAUUCAGUAACACAGCAGGUCCAACAAAAGGCCAAGCAGUUGCUCUCCGUUCGGCAUCAGAUCUCUCAGUCUUCUACAGAUGUGCCAUCGUGGGAUAUCAAGACACCCUCAUGGUACAUUCACAGCGGCAAUUCUACCGAGAAUGUUAUAUCUAUGGCACUGUAGACAUCAUAUUCGGCAAUGCAGCAGUAGUCUUGCAAAGCUGCUCAAUCUUUGCUAGAAGGCCCCUAAAAGGACAGGCAAACAUAAUCACUGCACAAGGCCGUGGUGACCCUUACCAAAACACCGGGAUCGCAAUCCAUAAUUCGAGAAUCUUAGCUGCAAAUGAUCUUAAACCAGUGGUUCAUGCAUUCAACACAUACUUAGGGAGGCCAUGGCAGCAGUAUUCUCGAACAGUUGUCCUCAAAACUUAUCUUGACAGCUUAGUUAGUCCUGCAGGAUGGUCGAAAUGGGGCCAUUCUGAUUUUGCUCUUGGUACAUUGUAUUAUGGGGAGUACAAGAAUUAUGGACCGUCUUCUUCAAUUAAAUGGAGGGUCAAAUGGCCUGGCUUUCAUGUGAUAACUAGCCCAAGUGUGGCAUCACGUUUCACUGUUAAUAGCCUUAUUGCUGGCGGGACAUGGUUACCCACCACUGGUGUACCAUUCACUGCUGGCCUCUGAGUAUGUCCUAUACACGAACGGGGGAGAUUUAGCAUUAUUCAUUAUAUUUGUAUUUAUUAUUUGAUUUUUGUUCGUUGUGAAUACAUUCUUAAUUAUGAACAAUAAAUUGUAUUUGAUUUUUUUUUCAAUACCAUAAUAUAUUGACAUGUGAAUCUACGAAA